CUAAAACUUAGGGUUCUUGCGAUGUCGAAGAAGAACAACCUCGCCACGCGCGCCCGGCAGCACGAGUUUGAUCUCAAGAGGGAGAAAGAACAGCUUGACAAGCAGGCCAAGAGAAUUCCAAACCAAAACAAGAUGAAGAUCGAUUCGGUGAAGAUCAAGAAGAAAGUUAGCAAGAAGAAGAAGAAGAAGAGCUUAGUGAAGGCAGCGGGGGCUGCCAAAGCCAUGGAGAUAGAUUCUUGAUAGAGUAUGCUCCAUGGAAUCAGAUUCCGGAUUGAAAAGGACAAACACCGUAGGAAUAUUUUUGCGGAGGAAGAACCUGCGAGCCGGCAUGGCUGCUGGUGCUUCUUCCAUCGCGAAUGUUGGUUCGUUUAGUCUGGAAAUCAAGAGGGAUCUUUCUAGACAGUCGGGAAGAACAUCGAGAGCUUGUGGUGCUUUUACUCUUAAGUGCAGGGCCGCGGCAUCUGGAAGGCUUGAAGAAACAUGGAGGCCUGCUCCGAUGGGACAGAUCUCCUCUUACAACGAUUCCUGGCUUGACAAGCGGAUGAUACUCGUCUUCGUUGGAGCCAUGUCCAAAAUCUCUGGAAAAACCACCAGCCUUCCUGGGUUUGAUGGCUUUGUGGACGUAGCAAGGAAGAUGAUGCAAGGCCGGACUCCUGUGCAACAGCACGAAAUGGUACUGCGAGUAUUAGAGUCUCUCAUGCCUUGGUGGAUCGGAGCUAUGGUUCGGACUAUCUUGCCGGUAUCUAGAGCUACAGCGGAGUUUUAUGCUCACGGCACUACACUGUUCACGAGUUGGUUGAUUGGACCAAGCGAGGUGAUCGAAGUGGAGGUUGAUGGAGUGAAGCAAAAAAGUGGUGUUCACAUCCAGAAAUGCAGAGUUUUGGAGCGCUCGGCAUGCGUGGGCUUGUGUACCAACAUGUGCAAGGUCCCAUCCCAGAGAUUUUUUGCGAAAGAACUCGGUGUGCCCAUGACGAUGGUUCCCAACUUCGAAGACAUGAGCUGUGAUUUUAUCUACGGCCAGACUCCGCCGCCUUUAGAAGAAGAUUCAGCGUCUCGACAACCUUGCUAUUACGGAAUGUGCCCGACUGCAAAAGCUAGAGCGAACUCCUGUCCAAAGUUAUAGGUGAAACGCUUGCGUUUAAUGGUGAGAAAACGGAGUGUUAUCAGUUGUGACUAAGAAAUGGUGAAGAAGUUUGUUUUUUCACAAA